AUGAAAUGUCCUUUAAAUCGAAAAGUGGAUCAGUAUGACUUUGUCAUCAUGCUGUGUGCCGGAGAUCUCCAGUGCUUCUGGCACUUUGCUCACUAUGGUGAGAGCUUCUACUUACACUUCAUGUAUGAACUUGAAUGGUUUGAAUGUUUCAGCUCAGUAUGUGUGUGUUCAGGUCCAGCUGGUGACUGUGUGGCCCUUGAUAGACAUCUGUCUGUGAUUGUUAAUGCUCCGAGCGGAUUAAUAAUCGGCACAGCUGACGAUGAAAGUGGUCAGAUUGUCUUCAGUGUUGAGGAGACUGCAGGUUUUUAUCAGAUGUGCUUCAGUAAUUUCCACAGUCGCUUUGGGAUCGUGCAGGUUUUCCUAAACUUUGGUGUGUAUUACGAGGGACAAGAGAAGAAAAAGACAAGAGAAGAAAAAGGAAGAAAAGAAGAAAAAGAAAGAAGAGGAUAUGAAACAGAUAAACAUUUCAUUGUCCUUUAUUGUGGUAAAACACAACUGCAUCUAGCAGAAACAAACACAUCCUUACUGUAAUGUGGGCGACAAACCCCGCUGUUAACAAACACUAAACCUGCGACUGUUUCAUCUCCAUUUAUAACCUGAUCUCCAGUAAUUAUUUGAGUCAGACACGACUGUUUCUUCAACAUCAGACUUUUUAAAAUGUGAAAAAAUGUGAAAUGGGUUUAUUUAUUUAUUGUUCCACAAUAAAUAAACACUUCCACACUUCCACAAAUAUCAUGUCGUGCGACAAAGUAAUCUUAAUCUGAAAUCACAUACUCUCUUCAGUAGGCACUUAUUUUGAACAAGUAAUUACUUCACGAUCGCUAAAAAAGUAUGUUCUGUAUAGUAUGAGUGUGUAUGAAUGUAAUCUGGACGUACUACAUCUGCCAUGUUGUCAUUAUCUUCAGUAUUACUCAGAAGUCUUUCAAAUAUAAUUAAUUCGAAGUGAUGGUGCUUUAUGUAACGUUGUCUAGCGUACGAUCCUGUUUGACAUUUGUGCUGGCUACUGUUUACAGGCCACCAGGACACCAUACAGACUUUAUCAUAGAAACAUUCAGACUGUGAAUUCAGACAUACUUCUGUUGUAACAUACUGUUUUUGACCUACUAUAUAGAGAAUGUGAAGAAUGUGAUUUUGGAUGCAGUCACGGUCUUAAAGGAAAGGUGUGUAGAUCUCAGUUAUGUUAAAGACAUGUGACCCUCUAGUGGUGAAGUAUGGAAGUCCAAUUAAAGGGAUUGACUUUCCUACAUUAAAUAAUACAGAUAAUAUUGUAGUGUAAAGUUUUGCAGGUACGAGCACCACUCACAUUUUCUCCAGAUUUUAGUCCAGUUUAGUAUAAGGGAUAUAAGAUUGUAUGUUACAUGUUUAUUAAACACAUCAUAAUAAAUAAAGUUUCUGAAAGGUUUGAUUCACCAUUGUGUUGUUUGUGAUCCUCCAUCAGCAGCUGCAGUAUCUCUCAGCUGUAUCAGUGCAUCACUGUGACGUCUGACUGACCGAGGUUUUUGUACCACUCUUUAUCACUGUGUGAACACUGGACCACUGUGUAAACUCUGACAGUAAUAAUCUCCUGUAUCUUCAGUCUGGACUCCACUGAUGGUCAGAGUGAAAUCACUGCCAGAUCCACUGCCACUGAAUCUAGAUGGAGUUCCAGUAUAACGUCUGUUUAUAUAAUAAAUCAGGAGUUUAGGAGCUUCUCCAGGUUUCUGCUGAUACCAGGCUAAGUAGCUGCUUAAUAUUCCUACAUCUAUAUGACACUCUAUUGUAGCUGUUUGACCCUGUUGGACAGUUUUAACUUCAGGUUGAGUCAGAGUCACUCCUCUGGA